AGAUGUAGCAAUCAAGAGAAUGGUUCACUUGUCUCUAUGGAAACCGAAAAAGAAUGGCACUUUGUCAGGAACUUAACCGGCGAACUCAACCGAGGAAAGAAACGUUGGUUCAUUGGCUUAGAAACAGUUGAUGGAUCUAAUACGUGGAGCUGGUUGAGUAAAAGCAAAGCCUACGUCAACAAUGGCUCAACUGGAACAUGGCGUUGGAGUGAAAACGAACCAAAUAAUUUUAAAAAAGAAAAAUGCGGAGAGAUGUUGCAAAACGGAAAGUAUAACAACAUAGCGUGCCAAAAAGAAUCCUAUGAUGACAGUCCAGGAUAUAUAUGUGAAAAGAAAGUCAGUAAGUUCAUGAUCAUGCUGAAGCUAUGUUAACCCAAAUAAAAAUCACAGUAAGAAAAAAAGAAAGUUGUAAGCGAACUUUGGUUUUGAAGCGAGUAACUCAUAUUCAUAUUUUCUUGCUAGUUUGUCCCACCAUAUCCAACAAUUCAGAAAAUGGUGAUAUUUUUAUUGAGAGAACGAAAAGACCUCGAUCAACCCCACAGCCGUCGGUGACAAAGGCGACGUCCACCUCACUCAGAACUCAGUUGACGAAUACUCGCAAUAAGCUUUCAGAAGGUAAGAUUUACUUCGCCUGAAAUUUUAACUAUACAGAAUUAACAAAAUUAAUACGCGAUUCCAGUUCGUUAACAUCACUUGGAAAAAAUAGCGAUGACACUGUGACUAGAAGAUCUAUUGCUAUAAAUCAAGCUUUAAAACAUGUAAAAGACAGUGAACUCGUCUAAUGGGUAAGAAAAAAACAAAUUAGAAGCGAUGUUUUGAGCGUUUUAAUGCGCUAUUUUGCACGCGCAGUGGCUCGAACAAAACAAAAUGUCUUUUUCCCCCAACAGCCUCUACACAACAAGAAGGGAAGAUUCUAUAAAGAGACCGUUUGGAGAAGGGAUCAUUCUUCCACCAUUUUACACUUGGACGCCCUGUUAGCGACUAUCAAUUUCGGCGUCUCGUUCAAUUUCGAUGACGUUUCGUCGCGUAAUCAUUUAAUCUUAAAGGCUUUUACUCCUUGUCUGUGACUGACAGAUAAAUAUUAAGAUGAUAAUGAAUAUCAUUAUUAUAUCUCGAUCAGUUUUUCUUAAAGUAAGAAAAAUUCGGAGAAUAUCUACUCUGCUAAGCUCGUGACGGCUGGUGAUUCAUACUACAAAAAAGACAAUUUGAUUUUUCUCUUUAGCUUUUCCUCAACUACCUUGAGCGUAUUGGCAGCAUGAUAGUUUUGAAAACGAAUGGUUCUCGAACUACCUUGCUUUUAGUGACUCAACUUGAAGAAACUCAAGCGAAUGCUUAAGGGUGACUAUGGAUAAAAAAAAUGGUAGGGUUAGCCCCUAUUCUCCUAUUAGAUUAAAUAGCGAAACCAGAAGGACUGCUAUCCUGAGGGUAGCUGCGGAUCUUUUCUUAUUUUAUUUUGUUAUUUUUAUUUUCUGUCAUUGAUUGACAAAUCGCAUUUCAAUUUCUAUUGAGAGUCUCCCGGCGGUGUGGAAUACCAAAGAAGGCAGAAUUGCCUUUUCUUCUUCUAAAGCACGGGUUACAUGAGUGUCAAUUAAUCAAAAGACCCCAAAACCGAAAAAAAUCCAGAGUGACUUUUUUUGUUUAAGCAGGAACACUCUUUUAGCCUUUUCGUGCCUCGUCCCCAUUGGCUAAGUAUAUAUCAGCAUCAGUUAACAAUAUUUGGAAUGAUGAAACAGAUUCGUCAUUAGAAACUUUGAAAAUGGGAUUUGAAAGUGAUUUGGUUUCUCUCUUUAGCAAAGAAUUUCAAGAGCGCUUGGGCGAAGAAUCAAUCAAAGAAUGACGCGCGAAAUUGACUAUACUUGAAGUCUAGUGGUGCAAAUACGCAGCGACACCAGAGACUCAAAAGAAUUCAAUUUUUAGGACCACGUAACUUUUAAAUCUGACGAAUAAGUUGGCUAAAAGACUGCUGAAUAAUGUGAUCGUAAAAGGUUUAACUUCUUACCUGAAAAUCCGUCCCAGCUAGUGACAGAGUUCUAAGAUCAUUUUUGUGUAAGGUGUGAUGUACCACCUUGAUAAAAAUGACAUCAUAAGGACAGUCAAUUCGCACAGUUUCAGGUAAAGAAAGAUGAAAUUAAACAAUUAAGUUUCGAUGUACUGGUAUUUUGUGAGCAUAUAAGUGAAAUAAAUUGAGGUAUUUAAUAGGUUCGUAGGUAAUUCUAAAUGUAACGAUUCCUGUAACUAAUUUUCUCUAUUGCUUUGCGUCAGGGUCGUCUCGGAGGCCACAAAGACCGAAAACUACUCGUUUUAAGGAAUCAUCAACAAAGGUGGCAAAACUACACACCCAACCAACAACUGCAACAUUUUCAACACCGCAAAACCGAUCCACAUUCAAUCUCUCAACACAAGGUACAAUGUAACUUUAUCAACGUCGUCUGUCUAUGUUAUGAACGUCUAUAUGCUUCUGGCUGUUUUUAUGCAUAUCUAAAUCCAUGAAAGUUAUUACUUGAUUGCCAAAGUGUUAGGUGAAGAAAGAUGAAAUCAAACAACUAGGAUUCGAUUUAAUGGUAUUUUGCAGGCAUAUAAGUGAAAUAGAUUGAGGUAUUCAAUAGGUUCGUGGCUAGUUAAAUCAUGCAUUGCUCUCUUUAUAUAACACCAAAAUAAUGUUAAUAUGAAUUUCCCAAAACCUUUGUUACAGAUCGAUUUUAGCAAAUGACGAGAGUAACAAAGCUUAAGAUCUUUCAAAAUAGUGGAAUAGAAAUGUAACUCAUGAGUUUAUAAAAAAUUUGAACCUUUAAUGUUUUAACGAUCGAUCACAGUUCGUGAAGAUAACAUUCUAUUUCACUUGGUUAUUAAGGUAUCUUUAUCCACCUUUACUUUGUUUUAGUGUCCAUUAGAAUCUUUCUCGGUUCAAUCAGCCUUCGUUUCUUAGAAAGCCACUUAGAUUAAUAUUUUUCUUUCGUUCUUAUUCAGGGACUACGUUUGAGAAUACCGUUAAUGAAUCUUCUCCGCAAAACGUUUCAACCGGCAAGUUAAACUUGAUGUUUAUCGUCAUCGUGCUUCUGAUUGUAUUUAUCGUGGCAAUUGCAGUCGUAUUCGGAAUAUUGUUUUUUCGGCGACACCAAAGUCAUAAGAACCAAGGCAAGUUUCUUCCAUCAUUUAUCUAUUUGCUUAUAUUAUCUUAUUAGAAGUCAUUCCCUUGUCUGGUAUAGUACACUCCUUAGGUGAUGUGAAGCCUUAAGAUUCUUUACAAGGCUAGUUCUUCCAUCAAAUGGCAUAUUUUUCAUGACUGAAUGCUUCCUUAUCACACACGUUCUUUAUUUAUACCCCUCCCCCCUUAAGAUUUCAGUUUUCAAAAAUGGCAAAAUAGAAUGUGCUGUUGUGUCGCAUUUCUCAGGGUAGCAGGACCAAAACACUUGGCUUAAUAGCUCCUCCUCUUUAAGACUACAACAGAUGGUCUUUUCCCAGUUUUCUUCAAAUGUUAUUUUUAUUGUACCUUGAUCCUUUGUGUUUAAGGUAAGUUCUUCGACAUGCAUUUCAUGGUGCUUUUGGCCUUUUCGAAGACUGAAAAUGUAGAGGAGUUUCCCAAAGUUUUUCAAUUUUUUGAUUCCUUGUGUGCGCGUGUCAUAAAUAAUCGAGCUCUUUUAAUACCUCCAGUUUUCCAAUCAAUCUCAGAGAAUAUGGUAAAAAUUUGAAUAAAUAAUUAAGAAAUAUAUUCGGCAAAAUCUGAUAAAGUUGUAAAAAUAUCUAAGGGGAACAAAACACCUUACUCCCAGGUGGAAAUAGGAUUCUGUCUCCUUCCUGUUAUAAUUUGGGAGGGGAGGGGUCUGUAGAUUGUACAUCAGAUAGUUGUUUAUAUCUUAACUUCACUUCCUAUUAACAUGUACGUUCUUCCUUUUUGUCCUUCAUAUUUUCUCUUUUUUAUUGGCAACGACGGUAUCGAUGUGUUUUAUCAUGAAAACAACAUAACGGCAAGUAGUAUAAAGUAGUAUACGCUAAUCUUUAGUACUCCGUUUUUAAAUGAACUCAUCAAAUUUUUUUUCUCCAAAUUUUGAACAUGGAAAGCCAAGUGGUUUGUAAAUAAAUUCUUCGGGAAAUUAAGUGUCAUCGAAAAACAUUUGAAAUGAUGGUAGAAUAUUUCCGAUUUGGCUUUGGGUUUAAGGUGCUCUGGAUUAUAAAAAAUUAUUAUUUAAAUGACACAGGACAAAAAUUGUGCAGAUGUAGCCACGAACCUUUUUUUCAGUCGUACUUAGCAAACGAUAAUAACAAUCAUUUUUAUCGUCUACAUAAUAGAUUUUCGAUUCCUUCUAAGCCCCAUUUCUACCGAACAUUACAACCAUUUCUCAAUCGAGUGUUAUUUUCAUUUGAUGCAUCAUAUUUGCUUUAAAGUAUACGUGUGACUUCCAUCCUUAAUAGUAUGUUGCUUCUCUUUUGAAAUUAACGUUCGAGGGCAGAAUACGACGCAAACCUAAAACAAAAGUUUAAAAAUAUGAGCUUAAUGAAUAUAUCCUCAUAUAUCCUAAUCCCCCUAAGUGAGAGAGAAUAUCAUUCUCCCUUACAGAUCACCUUCAGAUCGCCUCCAAGAUCGGGUCACAUGCACCUACGAGGUGCCCCCGAGUUCCGAACUACAAUCGAUCGAUCCUGCGCAUGUUCAACAAAUACAGAGCUCUGCAGCGCUUACUGUGCACUUAACACUUUCACAAGCAGAAUCUGGGCUUGCCACCUAUGAGGAAGUGAGCGACUGCAGCAAAGAGUGCGAGUAUGAUGACAUAGAUGAGUCUUAUCGAAAGAAAAGGCCAGCAGGCGAGGAAUGUUCAGAUAUUAAGGAAAGAGCACGAGAAAACACAGAGUUGGUGAGUGGUGAGAAAGGAAUACAGCAUUCACCUUUGUACGAUAAAAAAGAAGAAGAAAGGCAUCAUGUCUACGCUGUUGUUCAUAAAGAAAGAAAAGAGAGGGGCAAUUCUGAAGCAAGCACUUUCAUAAAAUCAUCAUGCCGCCCUCAAGAAGGAACAAGUAGGGUGUCUGUAGAGAGCGAGACACCUCAGGCUGGAGGGAGCAUUGAAUAUCUGUAUGCAGCUGUUGACAAAACAAAAAAGAAGAAGAAACAGCCACAG